AUCUCCCCCAACGUACAAUAUUGGGAGCCAUACCAGACUGACAACACGUUGAAUUUAGGGAAGGAGUUUCGCGUGAAAGCAGCCACACCGAGGUUAAAAGGACGCAGUAAAGUUUCAAAGAUUCCCAUGACCAGGGUAAUGUUCCAGUUUCUGAUUUAAGUSAAAACACCAUGCUUUUCAUCGCAUAUAUCACGUUCGUUAUACUUCUUGCCGUUGGGAUUCUUAUUCACUUCAAAUGUACUACCACAAAACAAGACGAGGUGUCYAUAGCCAAYCCAAACUUCAUACUUUUCCARACAACAUACUUCCGUGUKUACUUCCUGGCAUURAUGGCYGAGUGGCUGCAAGGACCCUACCUCUACAAGCUUUACAGUCACUAUGGAUUUAUCRAUACUCAGAUWGCUAUUAUAUAUGUAUGUGGUUUUGCGUCAAGUGUAAUCUUUGGUACCUCUAGUGGGUAUUUAGCUAACAUGAUUGGGAGAAAAAAAGCCUGCAUUCUGUUCACAAUUCUGUACUCCAUUUGCUGUUUAACCAAACUAUCUCGUGACUAUGGUGUCCUUAUYGCUGGUAGAGUUYUAGGUGGAAUAUCUACCUCUCURUUAUUCACRGCAUUUGACGCAUGGUAUGUCCACGAGCACACCCAGAGCAACGAUUUCCCACCAGAGUGGGUAUCUGUGACAUUUUCYAAGGCRACAAUCUUUAACAGUGUUAUAUCUAUAUCUGCUGGAGUGCUUGCGAACGUGGUUGCUGAUUGGAUGAAUUUUGGGCCUGUUGCACCAUUUGUUAUUGCGAUUCCAUUCCUUAUAAGYGCUGGUAUUUUCAUUCARUUGACAUGGGAUGAGAACUAUGGAGGCAAGUCGAGCAAGUURUUUCAWCCUUGUUUUGAGUGCUUGAGACAUAUUGUUCAAAACAARAGAGUYCUUCUACUGGGAAUAGUGAACUCCYUAUUUGAAAGUGCUAUGUACAUAUUUGUAUUCCUAUGGACUCCAGURCUAGACAGAUCACAUCUUUAUCCACCAUUAGGGAUUAUUUUCUCAUCGUUUAUGCUGUGUGUKCUAGUUGGUGGYUCCUUCUUUAAAUUUACUGUUAAUCAAAAAAUAUCUCCUGUUAAAAUGGUUAUCCUGUCAGUGACAGUGGCAUCAAUUGCAAAUGUYGGAGCUGCCGUUGCCAGCGCAAACCACCCACGAACAUCAUUCUUAAUGUUUAUCCUUCUUGAACUUUCAUGUGGAAUMUAUUUCCCUGCRAUGGGUUGGUUACGRCARAAAAUCCUCCCWGAAGCCCAUCAUUCKGGAAUWAUAAACUGGUUUCGUGUKCCUCUAAAUACAAUUGCAGCAAUUGUGYUGCUUGCUUUGCAUGAUACGCAUAGCAGUCAUGGCAUYACAGCAAUAUUCGCAAUGUGUUCAAUAUUGCUUGUGAUUGCAGCUGUGUCGGCAGUGAGACUUAUGAUUUUGACAAGAAAUGAUGAGAGUUUGAAACUGAAUCAUUUGGAAAAUGAAGAAGAUAGGGUGGGAUUGUAGAUAGCAAAGGAAUAAAAAACAAAUAUGUAGAAAAAAUAAUACAAUGAACUUAAAAUUAAAUGAUAAGUUAACAACUAAGUGUAAAAUACAAUAUUAAAAUCGAUUCAUAAAGUGUAGGGACAGAAUAAUCUUACAUUCGAAUAAGUAUUUAUUAUCUUUAAUCAGCAUUAAUAAUAGAGUACAAACGCUAUAAAAGUGUGCUGCAACACUUUGCACUAUAAUUUUAACACAAAAUAGUGGUAAUUAAACAAUAGAAAACAAUAGAAUUAGCAUAAUUUAGCAAUAUUAGUGGUAUUUAUGUUGCACAGUUUUAGUGUUUGUACUCUACCCAAAUAAUAGACAAAGUCGGCUCUAUUUAAUAUCUUUAUUUUAUCAAAAUGGUAGGCUGGUGUUCAAUUCAAUUUUCACGUCAUUCAUAACAAUCCAACAUACAUUAUCAUGAUUUCUGAUUUAUCUUUUUUUAAGGAAAUAAUUUUGGUAAUAUUAUGUACAUGUUCUAGGUUGACCUUUC